GUGAUCCAGGCAGAUAGAAGAGCUCCAGCUCUGAAGAGAGAGAGAGACCUCAGUCUUCCAGAGAAAGAGGAGCCCCCAGGGACAGCCUUAGCCUGGACAGCAGCAGGGACACCUCCAGGGUCUGCCCUUGAACCUGUACAAGGAAGACACAGCUCAGGAAAGCAGAGAGAUUCCUGGGAAGGAGACAGUGGGUGACACAGCCACAGCCCAGCCCCAUGGAGAGCCCUUCCAAGCCUCAGUGCAGGAUGCUCAGCCCCUGGAGGGGGCUCCUGAUCACAGCCUCCAUCCUCAGCUGCUGGAUCCAGCCGACAUCUGCUCAGAUCACUGUUGUUCCAAAUCCUCCCCAUGGGGAAGUGAACCACAGCGUCACCUUGGACAUCCAGAGCUUCUCAGGCCAGGCUCUCUCCUAUAAGUGGUACAGAAAAACCGUAGCAGAAACCAACAAGAUCGCUCUCUACAAGGUUGCAUCUGGAGUGCAGGAGCCUGCAGACAUCCGGGAGAAGGUGUUCCCCAAUGGCUCCCUGCUCAUCCCUCACCUCACCCUCAAUGACUCUGAUGACUACCAUGUAACCAUUGUUGAUUCUCAAGGCGGCACAGUAAUUAUACAAGGACAUUUAACAGUGUAUGGGCCACUAUCCAAACCUCUCAUCAGCAGCACCAACAUGGCCCCAGUGGAGAACAAGGAAAAUGUCUCCCUGACGUGCCAGUCUGAAGGUCAAGAUGUCACAUACCAAUGGUUCAUAAACCAAAGUUCCCCAGCUGGUGACAGGAUAGUGCUAUCCCCGGAUAACAGGACACUCACCAUAAUCAAAGUCACAAGGGAAGACCAAGGACCCUAUAAGUGUGAAAUCCGGAACCCAGUUAGUUUCAGUGAGAGUGAAUUCACACUGAAUAUUAUCUAUGGCCCGGAUACCCCCAUGAUUUUCCCCACAACCCUGAAUUAUGCUGUAGGGGCAACUAUUGAGUUGAAUUGCUCUGCUGAGUCUAACCCAUCUGCCCAAUUCACUUGGCUUAACAAUGGAAUUCAGAUGACAUCCUCAUCCAAGCUCUCUAUCGCUAAUGUGUCUCUGAAUCACACUGGCAUCUAUACCUGUAAUGCAUCUAACUCUGUCACUGGCUUGUCUAGCAGCAAAGACGUCAAUAUCACAGUCUCUGAAAGAACAACCAAACCUAACCUCACGGCCAACAGAACCAACAUCAUAGAGAAUGAAACUUUGGCCUUCACAUGUGGCACAGAACAGGCGGGAGUGGACAUUUUGUGGUUCUUCAGGAACAAGUCCCUGAUUCUCAAUGAGAGGAUGAACCUGUCCAUGAAUAACCAGACCCUCACCAUCCUGUCUGUAAAGAGGGAGGACGCUGGGUCUUAUCAUUGUGAAAUCCGGAAUCCAAUCAGUUUCAGCACAAGUGACCCCAUUAUCCUGAGUGUGAACUAUGGACCAGACAACAUCAUGUUUGUACCAAACCCCGAGAAAGGAGAGAUUAAGGUCACAUUCAGUGACCCACUGACAUUAGAGUGUCGUGUUGAGUCUUACCCACCUGCCCAGUAUAGAUGGCAAGUCAAUGGUACCGUGAACCCUGACUUCUCUAACAGUAUCUAUGUCAUCAAAAAUGCAACUAGGGAAGAUUCAGGAACGUAUACAUGUCAGGCAAAGAACAAUGUGACCAACUUGUCGGUCUCUAAGAGCGUCACAGUUAAUGUGGUUGAAAGUCAUCCAGGAGGAAGUAAUGGCUCCACGCUCUCUGGAGGGGCCAUUGCUGGCAUUGUGAUUGGAGUUCUAGCUGGAGUUGCUCUCAUUGGAGGCCUCAUCUAUUUCCUCUUCUUCAGAAAGACUGGAGGGGCCAACGAACAUGAUCGUACAGAGCACAAAUCCUCAGCACCCAACAACAGUCAGACCUUCUCUGACAGCUCACCUAAAAGGACUGAGGAAGUAUCCUAUGCCUCCGUGAACUUCAGUGCCCAGAAACCAGCUGCCAAGGCUCAGUACCCAACAUCUACGGACACCGUUUAUUCUGAAAUCAAAAAGAAAUGAACUGGUCCUUUUUCUCUGCACUAUGGACAGAUGUAUUUAUUGUGAUCUUCCUCCAACUUCCUCAAGUCCUGAGACUCCAAUCUUGUAAAGCCCAGCUCUACCACAUUACCACCAAACUCAGGGAAGGAGGAGGAAAGAAGCCCUCCCCUUCACCUCCUGGAGGCUGCCCAGGUGGCCCUUCCCUUUCAUUGUCAACAGAUGGCAGGGACAUAUUCGGUGCUUUUCUGAAGCUCCACUUCCCUUCCUCCUCAAAAGUUGGCACCAUGAAUCUGGGAGAGGGUGACUAUCAAGACAUGUCUCCCCUGGUACUCUCUAGUCACACAUGUGGGCCUCUACUCAAAGCCCAUUCUUCAAUCCUGUCACUAGUCCAUCGAAUUAGGAUAAUGUGAACUGGGGCUGUUGCCCCCCUGACCAGAAAUCAGCAGAGGAAGGAGCAGCUUUGGACUCAGGACUCAGGCUCUGCAGCUUACACCAUUCUCCUGACUGGGAGACUUUCCUCCCUUCCGCCUCAGUUUCUUCCUCUGUAAAAUGAGGAAUUUGGAUUGAUAAUCUCUAAGGAUUCUUACAGUUGUAGACUCUAUGACCCUGUGUCAGCAUCUAACAGAAUUUCUGGAAGAUGAAAGUGUGAACAGCCACCAUCAGCCGGCCACAGGUUUCCAUUUUCUGCGUAGACUUGGCUGUCCCUGGCCUUCCCUCCCUGCCCCCAAGCUGGAGAGGGGCGGGAGCUCUGAGACCAUCUUUAGCUGGCACUUUACUACAGAACUCAGGGAGGGGAAUGUUUCCAGUCCUUAUGCCUCUCCCAGUUUCCUGAGCACUACCAGAAAGCUAUUAGCCAGGCCCUAAGGGGAUUUCCUAAUGGAAAAGGCGAAAGUCCAGCCCAGCUGAGCUUUCAAAGUUAUUACCAUCUCUGUUCAGGGAAGCUGUCCAGAGAGAUUAGAAAGGACCAAAUUCUGAAAUGAGUCAGCAGCCUCUUCCAGAAAAAAUACAGUGGGGGCUGGGCAGGGGAAAUCCAGGCUAGGCUCAGGCAGGAUUGUUGGGACACUGCAAAUAUCUUGUCCUUUCUCUGGAUCUUUUCAGGCCCAGGGAGUUAGGAAGUGGGGCUGAGGGCAUUCUGUCAUUUUCUUUUAACUGCUUUAUCUGACCUGCCUGCUUCCAAUCCACUCAAUGUUCUUUCCCCUGGUCCCUGGGGCUUCCCAGGGAUUUCUUCAAGGCCUCUAAACAGGGAUAAAGAGAGAGUAUCAUCUCUAAGGGCUCAUCAAUCAGUUCCACUGUGCCCACAACUUCUCCUCCCAACACCCAUGCACACCAUCCACUGCCUCUGUCACCCCUGCAAUUCUCUCUCAGGAAACAAUGGCCUCUAACUAAAGGAUGUUGUGUGGGUGGGUUUAGGUCCCUGGAGGAUUGGGAGCUCCCCCGGGGGCUGUGUUUACACUACCACUCACAUGGGCAGCACAAAUAACACGCUGUUGCUGAGGUCCCUUGGGGAUGGUGAAGGAUGCAAGCCACUACUUGCCUUGCCCAAGCAUUGGGGAUCUUUCUCUGGGAGCUUCACUUAUCACAAAUAAAUCUAUAACACACAAAUACACAUGCACACACACACACACACACACACACACCACUUAGAAUCACAGAAUAAUCAUAGAAUUGUGGGCGAUCCCUAAAGUCCAAUUCUAAGCAGAGAAUCAAACCAGAGAGAGUAGAGAAGGAUGAACUCAACUUCCUAUCUAGCUUUCUACAGAGUUGCAUAGGAAAAUUUUCUAUCCAAUACUUAAUUUCACCCUAAAUCUGAAUAUACUCUCUUCAUAGAGAAAAUUCACAUAGUUGAAACACCUCUUCCCUGACUCACCAUGAUCUAAAAACUCUACUCCCUCUCACCAGAUCCAGCCUGUGGUAUUUAAUUUUACAUGCCCCAAGAAUGUUUCUCUCUGUGUGUCUUUCUCCCCCUCCCUUCUCCCCCCUAUGUUUUUCUCUGCUGCUAUUGACUGUUUGUAAAAUUGAUUUGCUAUCUAUUUAUAAUAAAAAAAAAUUAUACCAUUCGAA